AAGGGAUCCACAGCCCGGUGUAGCGGUAACAAACGCCAGCGCAUGAAGCUGGGGGGCUUCCAGGAAUACGGGUCUGUUGUCCUACACGUAUUGAGGCGGUCGCACAGCGGACUGUCGCAGCUCCUGGACUAAACAUCACUCAGCAUGUAACGCGAGGAGGUAAAGAAGAGUUGUUUCAAAGUGGUGUUCAUGGAGCCGGGCUGGCUAACGUUAGCUUAGCCUAUCGGUUACCAGGCGGACCAGAAAGUCUCAAAUCCUCUGAGCCGCGUUAACGUUGUUGUUUGUUGAGUGACUUAUUGCUUCAUACAACAUUAAACAUACAAAUCACAUUAAACGCAAGAACGGCAUUGAGUUUUAUUCGGUAGGCAAACGCCAUCAGAAUAUCGGAAUUGAGAAUUGAUGUACGAGACAGAAAAAGUGUGUCCGUGUAUUUAUUUUAUCUGUUCAACGUUACUACUGAGAUAUGUAACGUGAGGGCUACACGGUAACGUUAGUCGAGGUUAGUGCUGCUGGACUGUAAGCUGCCUCCAGACAAUAUGACCAGAGUGCGUCUAGCACGAGGAACCAUCGAGAAACAGAAGCUCCUCGCGCUAGCGUUACAGGUCUGGAUCUCUGUCUCGUGUUUCUCUUCAUGUAGCUUAGCGAACAUGAACGAAUGCUGUUUUAUGAAGUUACCGUAACACCAUGCCGAGCACAAGCUCUUUGAACACGAGUCUACUUGUAACGUUGUCUGCACAUGCAUUCGUUUUACAAAGCACUAUAUAAAUGAGACGUGUGCAGUUCUCUGAGGUCCAUUUCCAUGCCGUGACCAUCAUUUCCAUAUUGUUUGAGUCGCUCAAACAGCACAACCCUCUGGUUGUCAGUGGAUGGACUGGUGUUGUAGUACAGACAGAUGUUCCGAUGGUUAAUCCCACACUGUGCAUCAUCUGUUAUUACUCUAAUAUGGGGGCGACUGUGGCUAAGUGGAUAGCGGGGCCGUCUUUCAAUCAGAGGAUUGAAAUCCCCGGCUCCGGCUCUGCUGGUCGCAUGUUGCAAAAAUUGCACACCCCAAAAUUGCUCCCGUAGUUGUGCCUACGGUGUAGAAAUGUGAUAGAAUCUGAAUUGUAAGUCGCUUUGGAUAAAAGCGUCUGCUAAAUGACUGUAAUGUAAUGUAAUAUAAGUAUGGUAGAGCUGAGCUGGAGGUGGCCUGUUGAUGGCGCCAUCUGGAUCAUCCCGUGCAAAAGAGACCAAAAAAACCUGAAGAGUUAACAAAUGAGGUUAUGGUAUUUGUCCAGAUUUUUUACUGUACUUGAAAUAAUUCGGAAAGCAGUGUUAUUUGGGAAUGAUGGCAAUGUGCCUCUUACGUCCAAGCCUGGAAGAGUUUCAUGUAGUAUUUAGUGUAAAAGUGUCGGCUACAUGGAGCCAAAAGGGUGAAAUACGCUCCGAAUCAACCAAAGUGAUGAAUGAUACAUUUAGUCUUGUCAAGUUAACAUAAGUAAUACAUGUAAACAGGUUGUAAAAGUAAAUAAACGCAGAGUGAAAAUGUCAAAGGGAUGAACUCGAGUUCAAAAGUCUGGGAUGAAGCUGUUCCUGGUAGUGCAGGACCGGAUGCUGCCGACUGUCUGCCGAACAGCACUUCUGUCACUUCCUGUUGUCCACAAUCAGCUCCUUUGCUUUGCUGAUGUUGAGAUGGAGGUUGUUCUCCUGGCACCAAGAUGUCAGGACUCUGACCUCCUCUCUGGAGGUCGUCUCAUCACUGCCGAUGAAGAUCGUGCCGUCAGCAGACUUCAUGCUGGUGUUGGAGCUGUGGGGGGCCAUGCAGUCAUAAGUGAACAGGGAGUAGGCCUACAGGAGAGGGCUGAGGGGCCCUGGUCUUGAGAGUCAGGCUGGAGGAUGUGGUGGUGUCUAACCACACAGCCUGAGGUCUGCCCAUCAGGAAGCUCAGGAUACAGUCACAGAAGGUGGUGUUUAGUCCCAGACCUCUGAGCUUGAUGUAGUGAGCGGUAGAACAUUUGUAAUUUUAUCCUUUUGAAGGACCUGCUCACAUCUGUCCUGGAUCUCAUUCGUGGGCAGGGAUCCUGGUCCUUUUGUACCUCCUCAGCCAGGAAGCUGUUCUCACAGUGUUCAGUUCAUCUGGGAGAGAUGCAGACAUUAUCUCAGCAUCUACUGCUAUUUUGACUCUUGAUAAUAACUAAAACUCUUAAUAACAUAACAGAGAGAGUUAUGUAAUAAUAUGACAUGUUGAUGGCAUAUUUCAUGUUGCAAUAUUGAUGCUGAAGGAUCAGAGAAGAUAUAGGUGGAACAUUUGUGAAGUCAGUGAUCUUACUUUAAUCUACUUUAAUACACCUGUGAUUACUGGUAGCCUUCUGUUAAUCUGGAUGUAAGACAAAUGUCAAAUCAAUAUUAGUAUCUCUUACAUAACCAAUGCUAUAUGUUGCGGUUACGCUACCGAAUGCACUGUUUCCUUUUCCAAAACAUUUUCUCCCACUGUGGAAUAUGAAGAGGUGUUUAGUAGACUACAAUAUUUUUCACAACAUUUGUUUCGUUUAUUAUUAUUAUUUUUUGUGAGACACCUCUCUAAAGAAAUCCCGCUGUAGGAUGUGUUUUGCUGUAAUUAACGACCAACGUCAGUGAAUUGCAUCACUAGCGAACGGAGAACUCAGAAGUGGGAGUUUACAGGGAGCACGUGAAGGCAGCAUCGCUGUGAUUCAGUGGAGCACGCGGCCAUUCACAGUCCCAGGUCCCUCCGGUGAAUCUGAACGACGAGCCGGUGCGCGGACACAUUGAACGCUCUCGGUCGCAGCGGUGGAUUUUUAGCAGCGAGUUAAAAUCCCGGUUUGCGUGUGUGAAACGAUGCUGGUGAAGUCGGAAAGUAAUGAGCGAGGAUGCUGAAGCUGCCGGAGAGCCCGCUUUGUUCUUCGGCUCGCGGGGCUUCUGUGCCGCGGUCAUCCCGCAGCUCAUCCCCUGCUGCUUUGUCUUCACUUGGCCCUCCGAUACAGACCGUGAGCGGCAGUGUGGUUUGUCAGUACUGGACCAGCAGCAGCAGGUUGGCACCAUGAGUCUGUACGGUGCCGCCGGUGGCGGUGCCAGAGAAAGAGGAGGAGCCGAACAUUACCGGGACCAAAGGAGGCGCUCCAGCGACCGCUCACGUGACUCCUCCCACGAGAGAGGGGAGAGCCAGCUGACGCCCUGCAUCAGGAAUGUCACUUCUCCCACUCGCCAGCAUGACCGCGAACGUGGUGAUGGAGGCUCGUCCUCCAGGUCCUCCAGUCCUCGUCCUCCCAGGGUUUCUAUCCCCUAUUCUCACUUUGGUGGGGCCCUGAUCGGGGGACACAUUCCUCUGCCCCUGGGUCCUCCUGGAGCAGACCACCACUCGAAGCUGCCGGGCCCCGGAUCGUGCGAUAUGAUCUAUGUGUAUGACCUCAGCGGUAAAGAGGGGCAUCGCAGUGGGCUGAGGCUGGGAGAGAGAAUUACGCUCAUCGUGGACAAUACCAGAUUUGUGGUGGACCCUGCCAUCUUCACAGCUCAACCAAACACCAUGCUGGGCAGGAUGUUCGGUUCCGGGCGGGACAACAACUUUACGCGACCCAAUGAGAAAGGGGAGUUUGAGGUGGCCGACGGCAUCAGCUCCACCGUCUUCAGAGCCAUCCUGGAUUACUACAAGUCGGGGAUAAUCCGCUGCCCUGACGGCGUCUCCAUUCCCGAGCUGAGGGAGGCAUGUGACUACCUCUGCAUCUCCUUCAACGACAGCACCGUCAAGUGCAGAGACCUCAGUGCCCUGAUGCACGAGCUGUCUAACGACGGGGCCCGCCAUCAGUUCGAGUGUUACCUGGAGGAGAUGGUGCUGCCGCUGAUGGUGGCCAGUGCUCAGAGCGGAGAGAGGGAGUGUCACGUGGUGGUGCUGACCGAUGACGACGUGGUGGACUGGGAUGAGGAGUACCCUCCACAGAUGGGAGAGGAGUACUCUCAGAUCAUCUACAGCACCAAACUGUACCGCUUCUUCAAGUACAUCGAGAACAGAGACGUGGCCAAGUCUGUGUUGAAGGACCGAGGACUGAAGAAGAUCCGACUGGGAAUAGAAGGGUACCCGACCUACAAAGAGAAGGUGAAGCGGCGUCCUGGAGGUCGUCCAGAGGUAAUCUAUAACUACGUCCAGCGUCCCUUCAUCCGCAUGUCUUGGGAGAAGGAGGAAGGGAAGAGCCGCCACGUGGACUUCCAGUGCGUCAAGUCCAAGUCCAGCACUAACCUGGCCGCGGCCGCCGCGGACAUCCCCCAGGACCAGCUGGUGGUCAUGCAGCCUCCGGGGCCGCAGGUGGACGAGCUGGACACUCUGCCGCAGCCGCCGGGCACCAUUGACCCCAACCAGCAGGCGCUCGGACCGGGGCCAGAGAACACCGCGGGCCCCCAGUUACUGCAAGGCUACGACGGUCCCAACCAGCAGGCCCGGGAUGCUCUUCACGGUCUACCCCACAGCGGCACCUACACUCAGGCCACCUACCACUACGAGCCGGACCCAGACACCCCCUCACCCUCUGCAUGAGGCUGCGGAGGUCACACCAACGGCAUCAAGACCACUACACUGACACUAAACUACGAGUGGAACCAUGUCAUGUGACUGUAGAAGGUACAGUCCCUCCACAACACGUAGGACGCUAGACACAGUUCCUCUGGAAGAGAGGC